AAAAGAAACCAGAAUGAUCGGGGUUGGAGAACCCCACUAGCAAGUGCAUGAUUAAACAAAUUGGCUGCUUUCGAUGGUGUCCAGCUAUAUAUGUUUGGAAAUAAGAAAAAGUUGAUUCUGUAAAAUGGAAAGGGCUGCUGCUGGUGCUGGAAGAUUCAAGUUAAGGGGUUUUACGGUGGCAUCAUGGUUGUGGUGGUGGUUCAUUAUCAAGGCCGUUGUAGCUCAAACACAAAACGUCACCGUCACGGAUCCAGCUGAAGUGCGGGUUCUAAACGAAAUGUUUAGCCAAUGGGGGAUUCCGGAAAGCUCAGUGACACAAAUGAGAUGGAACAUAAGCGGAGAACCAUGCAGCGGCGCUGCCCUGGAUUCCACCGACUUCGACUCCAACACUUACAAUCCCGCCAUCAAAUGUGAUUGUACUUUCCCCAAUUCUACUUGCCACGUCACUCGCCUGAAAGUUUAUGCAAUGAAUGCUGUGGGGACAAUACCAGAAGGACUCUGGACUUUGAUUUACCUUACCAAUCUUAAUUUGGCCCAGAACUACUUGACGGGCCCCUUGUCACCUUCCGUUGGCAAUUUAACUCGGAUGCAGUGGAUGACUAUUGGCAUCAAUGCCUUAUCUGGGGAGGUUCCACCAGAGAUAGGGCUGCUUACUGACCUUAGAUCUCUGGCAUUUGGCACAAAUAAUUUUAAUGGUUCCCUGCCUUCUGAAAUUGGAAAUUUGCAAAGAUUACAACAGUUAUACAUUGAUAGUGCUGGAGUUGGCGGUGAAAUUCCUUCUACAUUUGCAAAUUUAACGAGUCUGGUCACAGUGUGGGCUUCAGAUAAUGAGUUUACAGGAAGAAUACCCAACUUUAUAGGGAAUUGGACACAGUUACAAUCAUUGAGGUUUGAGGGAAAUGCUUUUGAAGGUUCAAUACCACCUUCAUUUUCAAGACUGACCUCUUUGCAGGACUUGAGGAUAAGUGGUUUAUCUAAUGGAACUUUGGAUUUCAUCACGGAUUUGAAGUCCUUAACUGUUCUGAGUCUGAGGAAUAAUAGAAUUUCUGGCUCUAUUCCAACUGACAUAGGAGAAUAUCAAAAUUUGACACAACUGGAUUUGAGCUUCAACAAUUUGAUUGGGCAGAUUCCAAGAGACUUGUUCAACAUGAGUCAACUCUCUUUCUUGUUUCUUGGAAACAAUAGCUUAAAUGGUACCCUUCCGGAUGUAAAGAGCGCAUCUCUUCGCAAUAUUGAUUUGUCAUACAAUGAACUAUCUGGGACACUUCCUUCUUGGGUGAAUGAGACAAACCUACAACUCAACUUAGUUGUGAACAACUUCACUUUAGAAAGUUCCGGAAACAGUGGUUUGAAUUGUCUCCAAAGAGAUUUCCGUUGUAAUCGUGGGUCCCCAAGAUAUAGUAACUUUGGAAUCAAUUCUGGUGGUCCUCCAAUCACAUCUUCUAACCGAAUACUUCAUGAGCGAGAUAACGAAACUCUUGGAGCAGCAACAUACUAUGUUACUUCUGAACAGAGGUGGGGUGUUAGUAAUGUUGGACAAAGGGACAACCCAAGAUACACGGCCUCCAGUUCACGCCAGUUCACAAAUACGUUAGAUUCAGAACUUUUCCAGACUGCACGACUCUCUGCUGGAUCAUUAAGAUACUAUGGUUUAGGUCUGGAAAACGGUAACUACACGGUCACCCUGCAGUUUGCAGAACUAGAGAUUGAAGAUGGUGCCACCUGGAGAAGUACUGGAAGGCGUGUCUUUGACAUUUAUCUACAGGGAAACCGGGUGUUUCAAGAUUUUGAUAUAAAAAGGGAAGCAAGAGGAGGGGCUUCCUUUAGUCCUGUUUCAAGAGAUUUAACGGUUCAGGUUUCAGAAAACUACCUUGAAAUACAUUUAUUUUGGACUGGAAAAGGGACGUGCUGUGUACCGACUCAAGGGACUUUUGGGCCUCUUAUCUCAGCAAUCAGUGCCACCCCAAACUUCACCCCCACUGUGGACAACACUCCACCUUCCACAAACAAGAAUAGAACCGGUUUGAUUGUAGGGAUUGUGGUUCCUAUUGUUGUUGUAAGCAUUCUGUCAGCAUUAGCACUAUAUAUUUAUCGUCAGCGGAAGAAAAAGCAGCAGGAUACAUCUGACAAUUAUGAAGAGUUUUUGGGAAUUGAUGCCAAACCAUAUACCUUUGCUUAUGGAGACCUAAGAGAUGCAACUGUUGAUUUUAGUCCUGCAAAUAAGCUUGGUGAAGGAGGCUUUGGACCUGUUUACAAGGGAACCCUUGAUGAUGGAAGAGUAAUAGCUGUUAAACAACUCUCCAUAGCCUCCCAUCAGGGAAAGAGUCAGUUUAUUGCUGAGAUUGCAACAAUAUCUGCGGUCCAACACCGUAACCUUGUCAAAUUAUACGGAUGCUGCAUUGAUGGAGAAAAACGACUACUUGUUUACGAGUAUCUUGAGAACAAGAGUCUUGAUCAAGCAUUAUUUGGAGAAAACAGGUUAUCCCUUAGCUGGCCCACCCGUUUUGAAAUAUGCCUCGGAAUAGCACGCGGUCUUGCAUAUCUUCAUGAGGAAUCUCGCAUACGGGUUGUACACCGAGAUGUUAAAGCUAGCAAUGUUUUACUUGAUUCUGAUCUUAACCCCAAGAUCUCUGAUUUUGGCCUGGCUAAGCUUUAUGAUGACAAGAAAACACACAUGAGUACUCGUGUUGCCGGCACAAUUGGGUAUCUGGCACCAGAGUAUGCAAUGCGUGGACACCUUACAGAAAAGGCUGAUGUGUUUGGCUUUGGAGUUGUGGCUCUAGAGAUCGUCAGUGGAAGGCCUAAUUCUGAUUCGAGUUUGGAAGAUGAGAAAAUAUAUCUUCUUGAAUGGGCAUGGAACCUACAUGAGGCGAAUAGUGAACUUGAGCUGGUAGAUAAAGAAUUAUUGUCUGACUUCGAUGAGAAUGAAGUAAAACGUGUAAUAAGAGUGGCCCUUUUAUGCACCCAAACCUCACCAAUGCAACGGCCAUCAAUGUCGCGAGUGGUGGCAAUGAUUUCAGGAGACAUAGAAGCGAGUGGUGUUAUUACUCGCCCCGAGUAUUUGACUGGUUUUAAUUUUAAAGAUGCUACAACCUUUAAAAGCGCGGUUCCAACUUCAGGUACGGAUUCUGUGCCAAGUACGAGCCACUCUACUGUUUCACCACGGUCACCUAGUAAGGCUUCCAGACUGAUUCUUCACGAUAUCAUUGGAGAAGGUAGAUGAUCGAUGUUCAUGUUAUCUGUGUUCCAAGUAAAUAAUUACACAUAUUUGUAUUUUUGAUAUUAGUAGUACGUUAUUACAUACGGGUAUGUUUGUAUAGAUGGAACUUAAUUUGGUCUGUAAUAUAUGUGUUGAAGUAAAUAAAUCGUCCAUCAUCAUUAUCCAUCAA